UGUCAGGCACCGCGGGGACGCCUUUCAGAGCGCCCGGCUCGUCGCGGCGCGGGGGCGCGCACGCCGCCCAGCUCUGGGGCCGCAGAGGGGGCGGGGCGGGACGUCCGGGGAGUGCGCACGCAUCCGGCCCGCGGCGCGCGCGCAGGUCGGUGCGUCGGUCGGGGGCGCGCUCGGGUACCUGUACCCCACGUAGUCGCCGGUUACCGAUCGGACUAAGUUCCAGAAACGAGACAAAGUAAUAAUAGGUACUGUGGGAAAAAACACAGAAGAGCAAUUUUGUAAUAUAGUGGUGAUUUACAAGUCAAGUUAAAAUGUCCCCAGAAGUGGCCUUGAACCGAAUAUCUCCAAUGCUCUCCCCUUUCAUAUCUAGUGUGGUCCGGAAUGGAAAAGUGGGACUGGAUGCUACAAACUGUUUGAGGAUAACUGACUUAAAAUCUGGCUGCACAUCAUUGACUCCCGGGCCCAACUGUGACCGAUUUAAACUGCACAUACCAUAUGCUGGAGAGACAUUAAAAUGGGAUAUCAUUUUCAAUGCCCAAUACCCAGAACUGCCUCCCGAUUUUAUCUUUGGAGAGGAUGUUGAAUUCCUGCCAGACCCCUCAGCUUUGCAGAAUCUUGCCUGCUGGAAUCCUUCAAAUCCUGAAUGUCUCUUACUUGUGGUGAAGGAACUUGUGCAACAGUAUCACCAAUUCCAAUGUAGCCGCCUCCGGGAGAGCUCCCGCCUCAUGUUUGAAUACCAGACAUUACUGGAAGAGCCACAGUAUGGAGAGAACAUGGAAAUUUAUGCUGGGAAAAAAAACAACUGGACUGGUGAAUUUUCAGCUCGUUUCCUUUUGAAGUUGCCAGUGGAUUUCAGCAAUAUCCCCACAUACCUUCUCAAGGAUGUAAAUGAAGACCCUGGAGAAGAUGUGGCCCUCCUCUCUGUUAGUUUUGAGGACACUGAAGCCACCCAGGUGUACCCCAAACUGUACUUGUCACCUCGAAUUGAGCACGCACUUGGAGGCUCCUCGGCUCUUCAUAUCCCAGCUUUUCCAGGAGGAGGAUGUCUCAUUGAUUACGUUCCUCAAGUAUGCCACCUGCUCACCAACAAGGUGCAGUACGUGAUUCAAGGGUAUCACAAAAGAAGAGAGUAUAUUGCUGCUUUCCUCAGUCACUUUGGCACAGGUGUCGUGGAAUAUGAUGCAGAAGGCUUUACAAAACUCACUCUGCUGCUGAUGUGGAAAGAUUUUUGUUUUCUUGUACACAUUGACCUGCCUCUGUUUUUCCCUCGAGACCAGCCAACUCUCACAUUUCAGUCCGUCUAUCACUUUACCAACAGCGGACAGCUUUACUCCCAGGCCCAAAAAAAUUAUCCGUACAGCCCCAGAUGGGAUGGAAAUGAAAUGGCCAAAAGAGCAAAGGGAUGCCAAGGGAGCAGAGAUGCCUGCAGCCCGUGGGAGCAAGUCCUGGCCUUUGCAGUUGCAAAAACUGGCUGCAAGCUGCUCCAGCCCCAGAGGAACAGGCCAAGCUCCAGAGGGCCUCCUUGGAGGGCCUCAGAGGGAGAGAGAACUGCUCAGUAAUUUUGAUCGCUUUGGGCUUAUUUCAAAACCUUUGUCCCUCAGUUCCAGGAGGCAGCGUUUGCCAAUGGAAAGCUCUAGGAAACACCAGUCUUGAGAGGUGGCCAGCCAGACUGCCUGUCCACAUGCGUGUCAGCACAUACAGCCGCUUCCUGGAAGCCGCCUGGAAUGUCUUCACGGCAGCGUUUUGCUCACACAGCAGCUUUGCACACCCCAGGCAGCCCCAACUGCUGAAAUCCAACUUGAGCUGGCUGGUGGUCCCUGGAUCCUAGAGCCCUUCACUUCGGGUUACUCCCUCUUUCUUGCCUCUAUUUCUUAGUUGGAAGAAAUAAACUCACAAAUUACGGUGCAGUAAUUUUCCGGGGAAAGUAAAGCAUCAGGAAUGCCCACACCUUUCUUCCAAAGCCUUUGUCUCUGAGACCUCUUAAGAUUAAAUGCCCCUCGCCGUUUUUCCUCUGAAA